CGCGCGUGGUAAUACGUCACUUCCUCCCGGAAGACGCUCCGGAAGAGCCGCUGGAGGUUCCUGUCACUUCUCAGAGCUUAUCCAUCCGCAAGAUGGCCCUGCCGCCCUUCUUCGCCCCGGCUCGCCCCGGCCUGCUGCCCCCGCAGCCACCGCCUCCCGCUCCUUUCGGCUGCCCGCCACCGCCGCUGCCCUCCCCAGCUUUCCCGCCGCCCCUUCCCCAGCGGCCCGGCCCUUUUCCGGGGGCCUCCGCCCCUUUCCUCCAGCCUUCGCUGGCUCUGCAACCCCGAGCCCCCGCGGAAGCCUCCCGCCGCGGCCGCGAGGCCGAGGCGGACGGCGCGGCCUGGGCGCUACUGCACGCCCAGGCCACGACGCUGCGCGCUGAAUUGGCCGAGCGGCUGCAGCCUCUGUCCCAGGCCGCCUACUUGGGCGAGGCGCGCCGGAGGCUGGAGAGGGUCCGGCGCCGCAGGCUGCGGCUGCGCGAGAGGGCCCGGGAACGCGAGGCUGAGCAGGAGGCAGAGGCCGCGCGGGCCGCGGAACGCGAGCAGGAGAUUGACCGCUGGAGGGUCAAGUGCGUGCAGGAGGUGGAGGAGAAGAAGCGGGAACAGGAGCUCAAAGCUGCUGCUGAUGGUGUCUUAUCCGAAGUGAGGAAAAAGCAAGCGGACACCAAAAGAAUGGUGGAUAUCCUUCGAGCCUUGGAGAAACUGAGGAAACUGCGGAAAGAGGCUGCAGCAAGGAAAGGGGUCUGUCCUCCAGCCUCAGCAGAUGAGACUUUUGAGCACCAUCUGCAGCGACUGAGGAAGCUCAUUAAAAAACGCUCCGAGCUGUAUGAAGCGGAAGAGAGGGCCCUCAGAGUGAUGCUGGAGGGAGAACAAGAGGAAGAGAGGAAAAGAGAAUUGGAAAAGAAACAGAGGAAAGAAAAAGAGAAAUUUUUACUUCAGAAACGUGAAAUUGAGUCCAAGUUAUUUGGGGAUCCAGACGAGUUCCCCCUCGCUCACCUCCUGCAGCCUUUCCGACAGUAUUACCUCCAGGCCGAGCACUCCCUGCCAGCGCUCAUCCAGAUAAGGCAUGACUGGGAUCAGUACCUGGUGCCAGCUGAUCAUCCCAAAGGCAGCUCUGUUCCACAAGGGUGGGUCCUUCCCCCACUCCCCAGCAACGACAUCUGGGCAUCCGCCGUGAAGCUGCAGUAGGACGGAGGCUCCAGGUCUGCGGUCCCGCCAGCGCGCGCUCCGGCUCUGAGGAGUAGUGAUGCUGCCUUCUGCUGUGGACACCACCACAACUUCUGAACACCGUGUGGCGUGGCUGUAGCCUGAAGUUACGCUUUCUUCCGUGCUGUGUCCUGGCCAGAGGUGCCUCUUGAAUCAGGAGAUCAAUGUGGUUCUUCAGGAAAGGACUGAUAAACUGAGGUUACUACCUUGGUUCACCGAAUUUGCCUCUGUUUUGAGGGGCGUGGUCCCACGUGGCUCGCCGAUUUACCCCAGCUUCCUUGUGUGUUGAUGGGCGGGUGCUCCUGAUACACCCAGAUACUCAGUGCGCAUGUGUGCCAGGUAGGUUUGCAGCCCUUCCCCAGUACUGAACGUAAGGACAAGCUUGCUUCGAAACCUUCACAGCUUCCUGCCAGGCAGCUCUCUGACUCCCAGGAAUAAAGGCCAAAAAUUUGACCUUCACCUUUGUUAAUACCAAUUUUGAUGCAGUUUGCAAGGCUGCUGGUUAGAGUGAUGACAAUGGCUGUGGUCCAGGCUGCCGGAAAAGAUGAUGGCCUAGUCCUGACGGGAACUUAGAACACCCUGUAAGCACUGGAGCCCUCGCUGCAUCAUGGCUGAGUGGGCAGUGGGCGUGUUCUCAUAGCCCCACUCCUGGGCUCCAAGUUCAUUUCCCGAUGGGAGUGGGACCUUUCCUGAUCUCACUCAGUCAUGGUAGGAGCUGGUAUAACCGGAAAAUUUUAUAAGGAACUCAAGCUUACAAAAACAUCUGUGUAGUCAGAGUAAGGGAAAAGCAAAUAAAAAUGAUAAGAUUUAUUUUUAGUAUUCACUAAUAAAUGCUAUUGUGGUUAAUCA